UCUUGGUCUUGAUCUUGGUCUUGGCUCAGUCUUGUUCUGGUCAUACAUAUUUAUCAAUACUUUAUGUAUACAUGUAUAUAUAUUUUUGUUUAAAUAAAUAUAUGUGGAUCCAUUUAAUAAAAAAGUAUCAUAUCAAUGUUUUCACAAGCGAGUAAUUCAAAAGUACCUCGAGUUCUAAAAACAAUAACUAAUUAUUCAAAUGAUCAGAAGGUUAAAACAAACCAAGACAAAGUACCAGUUACUAUUGCAGAUCAUUAUUAUAAUAAUUUAAUAUCUGUUGUCUUGCCUGAUUUUAAAGACAUACCUGUUAAUCUUGAUCGUGCUAUUGUCGAGGAUACUGAUUACUAUAAAAUUAUAGAGUUACCAGUUCAUGAGCUGAUUAAUCAGGAAUUUAUUGAGGCUUUUGUUAAAAAAGGUGAACUGACAUUACUAUCAUCAGACAAGAAUCUAAGUACUGAGAACUGCAUCUCAAUAACACCAACCGGGUAUUUAAUAUUAUCACUCCUAGCAGCUGAUUAUCAAGAGCUAGGAUUAGAAGGUUCCCCAACAUUUUUUUCCCGGCAGCCGACACGCUUCAUUAUCAAGAUAAAUUUAAAAGAAGAUUCAUUUGUGCCAGGAAAAAAUAAAUAUGAACGUGUUAAAAAAUGUUUGGAAAAUAAUUUUAAACAUAAAUUUGAUGUUAUUUUAUCAUGGGAUCCACCAGAAGAUAAAUUAUGCCCAUCAUCAGUAGCAUUAUGGUUUCAUAAUCAUGGCUACAAAACAUUUUUAUGCCAUGUAAAAUCCACCAAACGUUUGAAUACAUCAGUAAAUAUUCCUCUUGCCUCAGAUAAUUUAUUUGAUUGGAUAAAAAUCUUCAGCACCAGCAACUCAGACAAUUCAAUAAAUACAUCUAGUGCAAUUAAAUCCGUAACAGUAAUAAAAGAUGUUUCAUACAUUGAGUAUCGUGGAUUUUUUACAAGGUCAAGAGUAAUUAAAAUAUUAAAUCUCUUAAAAGAAUUUAUGAAUUCGAACAACAGUACAGACGUAUCUGAAUGGGGAAGUUUACAUGUACAAGGUUUUGAUAACAGUCCAGUAAGUUGGGGUUUAAAAGAGCAUGCAGUUAUUGACAACGACGGUACUAAUAAUUAUACAAUUAUUUUAAAAUCAAACGGGAAUUUAAGUAUACAAAAAUGUCUAAGUUCGAAUCGUCGGCCUAAAAAUAAAUAAAUUUUU